AUGUUGAGUUCGCGUAUCUCGAAGCUCUCCACAAGCUUGGAAGAGGAAAAGCGCGAGGAAACAGAAGAGGAGAAGUACGAGGAAAAGUCUUGGAGUGUUAGCGCGCUCCGGAUUCUGAUCAGACUCACCGAGCAGCUUUACGAGGAGCUCAACGGCAAAUCUAGCGACCGAGAGAGGAUCAAGCGAGCGCGGAAGAUGAUGAGGCUCCAGAAAAUGCUGGAUAGGAUCCCGAGUGAGAGGAAACCGUGGAAGAAGCUUCAGUCCGGCGAGGUGGUCUUCGUGAAGGAGGCAAAAGAACUAUAUGAUCGUGCGGGGAGAGAUUUUGUUGCCGAAUUCAAGAGGAGACAGAGAGCUGGAGUGAACGAUGAGUGUUUGUUUUGUCGGAACCAUGAUGGCGAGAAGAUGAUCGGCCGGGCUGGGGUGAACUCUAAGACGACUAGACCCUGGGUUUAUCUGAGAAGAGAACACGAGCAAACUGUUCUAAGCACGUCGAAGAAACGAGAAAUGAAGUUGGCUCCGAGCUCGAGAAGUUGGCUGCAAGGAUUGGUCAACUGGAGGCCAGUGCUCGGACUCUAGCAUCGGAGAAGCCAACUCUCA